ACCCGCGAAGCCGGAAGUGGCAGUCCGGGCCGGGCUGGGCGGCUCCAGGGCGCCGGGCACCCCAGUACCCCGCACCCCCGCACCCUCGCACCCCUUCGGCAUGGGCGUGCUCCGGGCCGGGCUGUGCCCGGGCCUCACGCACGACACGGUCGAGCUCCUGAGGAGCCACGGGAUCAAGACAGUGUUGGACCUGGUUUCCGCAGACUUGGAGGAGGUAGCCCAGAAAUGUGGCUUAUCGUAUAAGGCCCUGGUCGCCCUGAGGCGGGUGCUGCUGGCUCAGUUCUCAGCCUUCCCCCUCAAUGGAGCUGAUCUGUACGAGGAGCUGAAGACCUCCAUGGCCAUCCUGUCCACUGGCCUCGGAAGCCUGGACAGACUGCUCGAUGCUGGCCUCUACACCGGAGAAGUGACCGAAAUUGUAGGAGGCCCAGGCAGUGGCAAGACCCAGGUCUGUCUCUGCGUGGCUGCGAACGUAGCCCACAGCCUGCAGCAGAACGUCCUGUACGUGGACUCCAGCGGAGGGCUGACAGCCUGCCGCCUCCUCCGGCUGCUCCAGGCCCGGACCCCAGAUGAGGAGGAGCAGGCAGCGGCACUGCGGAGGAUUCAGGUGGCGCGGGCCUUUGACAUCUUCCACCUGUUCGGCGUGCUGCAGGACCUCCGAGGAGCCCUGGGCCAGCAGGUGAGCGGUUCUUCGGGCAUGGUGAAGGUGGUUAUCGUGGACUCGGUCGCAGCGGUGGUGUCACCCCUUCUGGGCGGCCAGCAGAGGGAAGGCUUGGCCUUGAUGAUGCAGCUGGCCCGGGAGCUGAAGACCCUGGCCCGGGACCUCGGCCUGGCAGUGGUGGUGACCAACCACCUGACCCGAGACAGAGACAGUGGGAGGCUCAAGCCUGCGCUGGGGCGCGCCUGGAGUUUCGUGCCCAACACCCGGAUUCUCCUGGACGUGGGCGGCGAAGGGGCAGGAGGCCCCAGCGGCCAGCGCACAGCGUGUCUGACCAAGUCUUCCCGCCUGCCCACAGGAUGUCGGGAGGUGGUCGACUUUGAGAGCUGGGGGGCCGCAGAGCGGAGCCCGACGCUGUAGGGUGGAGGCCUGGCCCGGCUAUGAGGAGGGCUGAGGCCCGGAGGCUGCUGCUCUCCACACUCCAACUGUACCAGAGACACCCGAGUCCUCGGCCACAGCAGAGGAUGCUUCAGGGGAGACGCCCACGUUGUGCUGGUGCCGGGGUCCCGUGUUCCCACAUUUGGUUUCCAGUGUAGUCGGCUUCCCCUGGCUUGGCACAUCUCUGCGGAGACUCCCUUGGGACUGCGUGGGUCACCCAUAAUCCUGAGCGUCACCAUCACUCCCACAGAGCCCCCCGAGCACUGUCAGGCCUCACUCCCUCCAGCUUCUAUUCUCCCUCUCUUUCCCUCUCUCUCCCCCUCCCCACUUUUUCAGUCCCUUCCCCUCUCUCUGCCGCCCCUGUUUUCCCAUCUGUGAAAUGGGGUUUCCUUUUCCUUGACAGUCUCUGUGUUACUGACUGCAAGCCACUCCUUUAACGUGAAAAGGAGUGGCUUCAUCUAUGCCAGACUCUUAAACACGAAAGAAAAAAAUUCCCGA